AGCAAUAAGACUCUAGGAUUUUCAGGUAGUAAUAUACGUCCAGUACGUUAACUCAUUGAUUUAAAGUUUUAGAGCAGGUAGAAUGAGGUUUACAUUGACGAACAUAAAAAGUUUUCAAUCAAAGGUGCGGAAAAGUGUAAAAAGGCAAAUCUCCAAUGAAGCUGAGUAUUGAAAAUACGCCGCAUUGUCUUAAAUAUCGUCCGAAUUGAUAAUUUAACGACAUUCCUAUGUAAUAUGUUUUUAUUAAAUGCACUGUUCUGAUACGUUAAGCUUCUGUUUUCUCAAAUUAUUGCGAUAUAUAAUAACAGUGCCUCGAUUAUUAAUAGUAUUAUGAAGUAAGCUAUUUUGUAGACUGAAAUAAAUUGCGCUGUGAAUGAGUAUUCUUCAAGUUUUAGGUUAUGUUGCUGCUCCGCCUUAAACGAGGUAGAGAAAAGGAAGAUAAUGAUGAACGCAAUGAUUGAGAAAACAAAAAGUCCGACGAGGAAACGUCAUUGAAGAGGUAUUCGAUGAUGUAAAUAGGAUUUUAAAGAGGAUUCAAUUAUCGGAGCACGGCACUCUUCACAUAACCUACUUUUAGGCGUUUAUAUUUGUAGAGCGCCUAUGAUAUGGAUUUUGUCGGAUUUAGCAGAAAUUCCAAACUAUUUUUUAUUACAAAUAUUGUAUAAUGUAAGCUAAUGUAGUCGGUAAUGAUUGCGACAUGAAAUAUUACAAUACUGCAGUGAAGUUUACCCUAAGUGGGUAAUAAAGUAAGGAUUUGCAAUGGAUGAACGCAGAGUAGCGGAUUAUUUUGUUGUUGCUGGGCUUCCGGCACAGGACGAAGAUGAAUUAAAUUCUGCUAUCGAGAAAAAUGAUGAAAAUGAAAAUAAAGGGGAAUCGGACGAGAAACUGGAAGAUUGGUGUCAGGAAGGAACUCAUCUUAAAGACACAAACUUACAAGCACCGAUAACUGAUUUGGCCAUCAUUUUUCCAGCACUUGGAGAAACGUGCCCGGAAGGUUUUUCAUUAUUGGAGUAUACAGUUAGUGGUUUUAAAGCAGAUUUAAAUCACGGUAGUUUACGCACCGAAGAAUGUUAUUUAUGUUACCGUAGGGGUAGAGAUAAGCCACCGCUCGUUGAUAUUGGCGUAAUAUACGAUGGAAAAGAAAGAAUAAUGAAAGAUGCAGAAAUUGUAAUGAAAACCCCAACCGGUUACGUGGCUAAUGUUAAUAAUUCUACAUCAAGAAUUUUUGUUACGUAUCGUAGAGCGAGUAAAAAAAUGCCAUGUAAUUCGUUAGUCGUUACCGAUGUGUGUGUCAUAUUGAUAAAUAAAGGAGAAAAUCCACCUCAUGCAUUUUGUGUGAUUUCAAAAAACCUGAAUAAAGGAAUGCUGGGUAGUGACGUUUAUCUCUGCUACAAGAAAUCAAUGAACCGGGCUAAUCUCAUUUCAUUUAAGCCUGCUAUUUUAUACAAGUAUCCAAGCACAGACUAUAAUAACUUUGUAUUUCCUAAUUCUGUUGCCAUGUUUUGCUUACCAAUGGGAGCUACAAUCGAAUGUUGGCCAAAAAUUGCAAGUAAACCAAAGCCAGUUUUUUCGACUUUCGUUUUAACUGUUGCUGACGCUGCACAGAAAAUUUAUGGAUCCGCGAUAACUUUUUACGAGGAAGUUUUACCUUUAGAUAAUAUUAGUGAUAAUGAAGUUAUAAAAGAUAAUGUGGAAGUUCCACAAAAUGAAACUGAAGAUGCAACAGAACCGUCCGGAAUAAUAACCUCCAAACUAGAAUUAAAAAAGAAGCCUUUUAAGAAGUUUGGUAUACUUAAGAAGUUGAAUUUAUCGCAAUUGGAGAAGCUUCAAUAUACCGAUCCAUCCACGCAGUCCUUAAAUAUAAGCAAGUCCAUAUGUAUUCUCUCACAUUGGCCUUUCUUUGAUACUUUCGAGCAUUUUCUCGGCUUUUUACACGGACUCGUGAACGGUCAACCACAAAAUGUGCCUAUUGAGAAAUACAUCUCGUACUUCCUUUGUGACAUACCGUUUCCCAGUCCUCAACGGCCUCGAAUUUUCAUUCAAUUGAGUUCCCAAGACGGAUUGAUACUCACACAGCCGGAGGAUUUGGCUCUUCCCCGAUCCGGGGCAAGUUUUCGUCAACUGCUUAUCAACUUAGGAGCAGACAACUGUAUGCUGAUUUUGUUGCUGGCCCUGACUGAGCAGAAGAUUCUUGUGCACUCCCUGCGUCCGGACGUGCUGACCUCGGUGAGCGAAGCCAUCGCCAUGAUCUUGUUUCCCUUCAAGUGGCAGUGCCCUUAUAUUCCACUCUGUCCGCUCGGGCUUGCGGAGGUGCUGCACGCACCUUUGCCCUUCCUCAUAGGCGUCGACUCACGUUUCUUCGACCUCUAUGACCCGCCCUCGGACGUUAACUGCGUGAACCUCGACACAAACAACAUUGCCAUCUGCGAUGACAAGAGGCAUCUCAACAACAAGCUCCUGCCGAAAAAGGCCGCGCGAACCCUUAAGAGCUCCCUCGACAAGCUCUACCUCAAGCUCAUCACGAUUAAUAAGAAUCACAUGCAGGAGAGAUCGGCAAUAACGGUGGACGACAAGGACUUCAGGGUCGAUAAGGAGUUUCAGCAGAAGCGACGGGAGCAGGCCUUGGAGCUCGAGAUCCAGGACACUUUCCUCAGAUUCAUGGCUCUCAUACUGAAAGGCUAUAGGGCUUAUUUGUUGCCGAUUACCAAGGCACCGACGGUCGGCACCACCGAUCCCACCAGUCUCUUCAACAUCCAGGGUUUCCUCAGGAGCAGAGAUAAGAAUCAUGCCAAGUUUUAUAGUAUGGUGGUUCGCACGCAGAUGUUUAUUAGGUUCAUAGAGGAACGAAGUUUUGUUUCCGAUAUGGAUAUGGCGGGCCUCGCUUUCUUCGACGAAUGCACCGAGAGAGUCGAAGAAGAGAAUGCUACAUUUUUGGAAUUAGAUGAAUCCCAACACAGCGAGAGAACAGUUUUUAUACCUCCGCCAGAAUCAGGUAUCAAUCAAUCUGCGAUAAUGUAUGAAAAGUUUAAGCUAGAUCAUAAAUUAAUGCGCCCGCAAAAGAAUUUUCACUUAAAAAAUCCAGCCCUUAACACGUUUGGCAUGGCUCCUGGAAGUCCAAUGGCACGUAGAACGAAAUAUGAAAUUAAAGUUGCUCAAAGAAUGGCUCGUAAGCAGGCAGCCCUGCCCGAACGCUGGGGACGCUGUUUACUUAAUACUUGCUAUAGCUUAUGGUUUUUACAUUUGCCAGCGAUGCUGCAGGUAUCUCAUCAGCCAGCAAAUGUAUUACAUCAAGCUUACGAAUUACUUGUAAAAAUGCAAAAAUUGCGAUUAGAUCCGAUGGAAGAGGUUUGUUAUCGAGCUAUGAUGCAACUUUGUGGAGUUUAUGGGCAACCGGUACUUGCUGUCAAGCUUCUUUUUCACAUGAAACGUAGUGGUGUUCAACCAAAUGCACUUACAUAUGGAUUUUAUAACAAAGCGGUACUCGAAGCGACUUGGCCCUCGGAUAUGACGAAUUCGAGCCAGUUGAUGUGGAACAAACUACGUAACGUGAUCGUGGGCGCGGCUCUGUUCAAGAAAGCCGGGAAAAAGAGCGCCAGGCGUCGAUUAGGCAUAAACAACGAGGCUCUACUCCUUCCCGAUGGGCUUAAAGGCCAAAAUAUAGGACACGCGAUCUCACGCUCGAGCCUCGAUAGCACACACUCGCAGGAUACGGAAACCGCCCACAGUGAUUCUCUAAAAGGCAGCUCGAUAUCAGAUCUUCCAACUUUCGGAGUCAAUGAAAUGAAAAAACAAAUGCCCAGGCAAAAUAGUAUUGUCAAAGAUACGGCAAUUCUUUGUAAUUCGCAGCCCGAAGCUCUUAAUCGUUCGCCAAGCGAUCCCAGGUUUGCGAGAUGCUUGGAAUCUCCGGUGAAAAGUCCCGUGAGGACGCCCGUCACAGAAAAUGAUCCAUUGGGUGCACUUGCCAACGACGACACACCCAUCGUUUCGCCUAGCGAAGAAAAUGAUUCUAAUUGCUCGACGAGCACCUUAACCGUCCUAAGCAACGCGAUGGAAGAUAACAGACCUGGCGGUCCUCUACUUUUUCGCAGUAACGCGUUGCCACGAAGCGCGACCUUUGCCAUGGAGGAGGCCGGGGGUACGAGUGUCGGGAGUCACCUCCAGCGCAGCGAGACGAUGCCCCACUCGGUGCAACAAGCGGAGCAAGAGCGCGAACGCGAGCGUCUCGAGCUCGGGAGCUUGUGGGCACAGAACAAGGACAGCGUGACAUCUAGCUUGUCGAGUAUUGGCUCGAGCCUGAAACUUAGUUUUGGACGCUAUUCGACCGGAGGACUCGCUUUUGCCAAAAACAAGGAAUUAAUAUCGACGAAUCAACUGAUCGAAUCUCUCAGUCUCUCCAGCUACAUCAGCCCCUCGGGUCUCACUGGGAAAAAAUCAAACGAGAUUAUCCUCGGCGGACUGAACAGCCUCAAGUCCGCGGCAACGACCGUCGCGAAGAAAUUCGACGAAAUCAAGGAGGCCAUCUCGGCAACGAGCACGCCCGUGAAGCUCAAGGAACGCGACCAGAAGCUGGCCUACGGCAUAUCGCACGAGAGCUUGGACUCGCUGACGGACGGCUCGCAACAGGAUCGCAACGAAUUUUCCGCUAGAAUGGCUGGGGAGGCGAGCGUGGAUUUGGGAUCCUUGUACGAGCUCGCCGAGUGCCUGUAUCCAAAGGGUUCCCGAGAAUUGGAUGAUCGAGUGGCCGUGGAGCUGGUGCUGUCGAGCGCUAGUCGAUGCCACAACUGCUCGGCCAUCCUCUACGACGAGGAAAUAAUGGCCGGAUGGCAGCCCGAGGACUCGAACUUAAACACGACCUGCCAGUUCUGUGAUAAAGCAACCGUUCCAUUACUCACAGUCACUAUUUUAGAUUACAGAUGCGAGGAUAACGAGAGCGGCCACGAUCCACUGAUGGCGGAUCUCCUGCAGGAGCCCCGGGAGCUGCCGGAGCCGGUCACCGUACCAUACCUCAAUCCCCUGGUGCUGCGCAAAGAGCUGGAGAACGUGCUCGGCCAAGAGGGCGACUCGUGCCUUACUAAACACAGGUUUAUCCAGGAGCACCCGAUCGUAUACUGGAACCUCAUCUGGUAUUACGAGAGGAUCAACCUGGCGAGCCAUUUGCCGGAGCUUUGGCUCGGCAACUGCGAGCGCAGUGUCGACCUACUCACCACGGGUUGCCCGAGCGUCGGCGUUCGAACUCUUUGGGACAACGACAAGCUUCACAUGGACAGACUGCCAAUGUAUAUACAGUGGAAGAACAACAUCGAGGAUCGGACGUUUAUGCAAAAUGUGAUAACCUAUGUAAGGCGCAAUGACUUGGCUGAACCAAUCAAGAGAGUGGCAUUAGAACGAAAUAGGAAUCGAAUUACCGAUCAAACGCCUUUCUCCAUUUAUCGGGACAUACUCUUCUUAGCUUUUAUUGUUCUUGGAAGAGGAAAUAUCGAUCAAGGUGUUUUCGAUCGAGAAUAUACACUCUCGCUGGACAAACUGACAGAGGGAGAGGAAUCAUUAUUGUGUACAAUCGAUACGGCUCCUUCGCUGAUGACUCUUUAUUGUCGGCACUACUUCAAGCAACUGAACGUCUGAUUGUUCUUGCACGUGAGAUUGGGAAACGCGAGUAUGAUAUGCUGUGCAAUAUAUAAAAGGAGAGGGUACAUUUGUGCCAGUGCGCGUCUUUAUGUGUGCGCGCGCGCGCUUGCAAUGUACGUGCGAAAGUGAGAGAGAGAGAGAGAGAGAGAGAG